AUGGCAGAGUCACGCAAUGAUAAGGUAAAUAUUCUGCAUAGAAUGAAGAAAAGUUUUAUUAUCAUGUCAGAACUUGCAAGUGCACCCUAUGAAUACAUUUUCAAGAGGGUAUUGGAUGAUUUGGUUGAUCUCGGUGACCAGUUUCCUGUCACAGUAAUAUAUUGUAAAGCCAUGCAAUGGAUAGGCUAUGGUUACCAGUUAGCCAGAGAAAUCCUUGGCGACAAGUUUUAUGCUGGUGAGCCAAGUCCAGAAACUGCAAGAGUAGUGAUGUUCCAUUCUUCCAUGGAGGGCAAAAUGACCCUGGCAAAUCUCCAAAAGUCACCAGAUCAGUGUAGCCUGAGGCUGGUAUUUGCUUCAGUGGCGCUUGGCAUGGGAGCAGACCUUAGGCAUGUUGAGCGUGUGAUACAUACAGGACCACCUUCCACAUUAGAAACAUAUAUUCAAGAAGUUGGGCGGUGUGGACAGACUGGUACACGCGUCCAUGCCAUACUUUACUACAACAACAGUGACCUGGCAAACCAGCACAUGCAAGCAAGCAUGAAGGACUUUUGUGUUUGA